AUGUCAACAACACGAACUUUUUCUUUCAACACUAGAAUCAAAAGAGCGUAUAGUCUUACAAUAAUGGCUUCCCAGUCAGGACAGGGCAGGCAUGAAAACCAAAWGUUUAAUUUGUGAUUUUAUUCUCCAAGUGUGUUCCGAUCACUGAGUUUGUGAUCAAAUUGUUAUAAAGUGUUGUCAACUAAUGUGAAGUGUGGUAUAUGAUGUCGUCGGCUAUUAACGUUGAAAAGACUCUCUUUUGUUCUCCGGUCACAUGUUUUUUCUUUAUUAUUGCGGCAUUGAGCACAGUUCAAGCAGAGAAUGAAAAUCCUACCACAUAUGCUCCCCUUCCGAAACCUUCAGAAUAUAAUCUACAUGCAGCUGACACAGGGGAAAAUGGUCUACUGGACAUUGCAUAUGGAAUCGCUAACAUUCUUCGGGAUAAACCGCCUUAUGAUAUAAUCAAUAAUGUCCUGACGUCAAAAACAAAGUCAAUUACUACUAACCAGGUCAUGGAUUAUGAGGCUCCUAUUAUUGGUCUAAUGGCUAUUUCUUUAGUAUUUGCUAUUGCAAUUCCAAUUGUUAGCAUAGUUGUAUGUAUAUGCCGCUUUGCUGGRAAAUGUGGUGGGGACAUGGAAAUUAACAAAGACUUAGAUAUCCGUCCAACAAAGAAACGAAAAAGGUUUACUCUGGCCAUUGUUUUAAGCUGUGUCUUUUUGGUCUCUGGUUCAAUUCUUAUUUUUGUUUCAUCUAAUGGGAUGACCAGCAGCUUGCAAAAGACCAGGAAAACUGUUCAUUAUGCUUUUGAUGAUAUCUUUAUCUACAAAAAUAACACAUUUCAGGAAUUAAACCAUAUUCUAGGAUCUGAUGUGCUGCAAGUUUUACAGAAUAUCAUCAACAAAGUUGCCCAGCUGGGCUUAAACAUAGUCAGUCCUAUUAUAUCUAAUGGAACAUCUUAUGUUGAUAACUUGGUCAAUUCCAUUAACAAACUUGAUACAGCUCUUAACAAAUCCCUACAUCUUUUGGAAGACAUAAAUGAUAAUGUUCAAACAUUGGUUUCUGAGGCAGUUACCAUACAAAACAAGCUAGAAGAAGCUAAAACCAACAUCAGCAAAGCAACGAAAAAUUGCACCUCCGCAUGCCAUUCAGUACCAGAUGGGAAUGAUUUAAAUACUGAUGCUAACUUUACUCAAGUCCCAAAUAUCAAUGAAACUAYUAUCAAAACACAAAAAGUUGUAAACAGUAACUUGACGGAUGAAGCAAAUAAGGGAAAGGCCAACUUUAAAAACCUUUCAAGUACAGUACAAGACUUAGCAACAAACUUCACAUCAGAUAUCAAGAACUUCUCACGAAAUCUAGAAGAUAUCAAGAUAGAUGUCCUAAAACCAUGGGAGGACAAAAUSGAUGAGAUGUUGAACGAAAACUUGCUGCCGUACAAAGAUGACAUUGAUGGAUACCUGCGGCCUGGYAGUAAUCUUAUACUCUAUGAUAAUUACAGAAAUAUUAUCUACAUUGUGUCUGGUGUCAUGGUUUUGUUAGUCGUCUCAUUGGCAUUGUUGGGUCUAAUUCUUGGGAUGGUUGGCGCCAGUACUUUUGAUACGCCAAGCACAAGGRGUGAUCUAUCAGAUACUGGAGGACGAAUUCUGAUUGGGAGUGCGGGUUUUGCUGUGUUUACAGCGUUUUUCAUCAAUCUUGUAGUUGCUGCAGUGUUUUUGGUUGGUGUUAAUACAGCAAUUGUUUGUAGAGCAAUGCCCGACUAUGAACUCUUAAAAAAUACUGUAGAUUCCCCUAAUGUCAGGAAUGUCUUUUCAUUAUCAAAGUUGAUCUUUAACGAAAGUCAAAGCCAAAAUAGCCUUACUUUCACGAGUCUACUAACYGAUUGUGGCAAACGCAAAGGACUGUGGACUGCCAUGCAUCUAGACCAAAGCCUGUAUAACUUAACGUCAGCAUUGGACUUCAAAGAUAAAAUCCCUAAAAUAGACACAGUAUUCAAAGAAAUAAAUGAAACUGUCUUAAAUACACCUGUUAUGACGGCAAAAGCAAGACAAAGUAUCAAUGAUUCGUCCGACGCGGGAAUACAAAAUAUUAAUUUUACUAAAUUCAACGAACAGACGAAUAAAUCAAUCGUUACAGUGUCUUUGAGCAAAUUCGCCGAMAAUCUCACGAGAGCAGCCAAUAACACACMAGRAGUGAGUCCUUUGUGGGUACCCUGUGGUACAUUUAUUAGUAGUUAUUACGAGUUAUUACUAUGUCUUUGGUGCUUUUUAGRAAKUCAAGAAGAAACUAGAAGGAAUCGCGAGAAAGUCAAAGAWUAUGUCGAAAAGCUUAUGAAAGAAGCUAAAGUCAUAGUGAAAACUGUGAAGGAAAUAGAACGUGGACUGGAAAAAGUAGAGCAUUUUUUAAAAAUAAAUGCCACUGUUUUAGCACGUCAGGGAAUAGAGAAAUACGCUAAUGCCAUCCUUGAAGAUGUCGAUCAUUUGGUAAAACAUGUCAUAUCAAAGGUUCAUAACGACGUAGGGCGUUGUCACCCAAUCAACAAUAUAUACCAGUCCCUCACGACUGCUGUAUGUCGYGAUUACUUUGGAAACCUGAAUACUUCGUGGAUUGGCUUUGGAUUAUGCACCUUGUUCACGUUAAUUACCAUCAUACUUUGCGUUCGUGCAGCCAAGCAUUUUCGUCGUGUCCACCUGUCAGAUACGAUUAAAGAUUCCGACAAAUGGGACAGUAAGAUUGAGAUGCCUUGGGAUGCUGGGUUUGAGAUGAAGGACCAGCUCAUCAACUGAUGUAAAGUAAAAUCCUGAAGAUGUCACCCUCCGUCAGAUAAAUCACAUUUUGAGAAMAAAGGCUAAAAUAACAAGCAUAGAUGGAUGUUGCACAGGAAGAUACACAUUUGUUUGACAUGUUGGGAAAUGAAUGAAACUUUAUUCAGGGAACUUGGAGACCAUUCCCCGUUGGGUGGUGUAGCAUUGAAAUAAAUAGCAGAUUUAAAAAUAAGAGAUAAUCAUGUACUUCAAAAUUUGUUUUCUAAGCAACAUAAGGAGUGGUAUAACCCUCCUAGCUUCAUGGUCCCUGGUAUUUAAGAUAAGGCCGAGUCCCAUCAGGCGCAUGCAGACCUAUCAUCAUCAUCAGAUGCUCUGUUCUGUUGUCAAUCUUUGUCUUACAAUUUACAAUAAAAUAGUUAUUAACAUCCAAAAAUGGUGAUGCAUCUUAAAAUAUGGGAAAAGGGAUGCAUCUUAAAAUAUGGGAAAAGGGAAGGAAUAAAAAUGGAAAUGAAAAAAAGUCAGCAUUAAGUAAUUUACCUAUAUCAGCAUUAUAUUCCAGUGUCAGAAAAGUUACUCCAGGAAGUGCAUUAAGAUAUUUUUAUUUAGUCUUGUUCAGAAAUUGAACUAAUACUAUUUUGAAAAAGAGACAAAAUAGCCAGCUCUAUAGUCUAUGAAUAAAUUAACACUAAGUUGUUUUAGUAAACCUGUAGUAAAUACACUAAAAUAGCAAGUUUUCUUAGUMUACCAAAACAACUGAUUAAAACAUUGCAAGAUCAUUAUAAUAUAUAGAUAUGAAUACACAAUGGAGAAAGUGAGUUGACUUUGUGACUAUUCUAAAAAGUUUGAUAUGAUGCUUGCAAUAAACCAAAAUGUUAAAAUUA